GACGCCAAUAGUCCGAAUACCAUUUUUUGCUGUUGUACAGUCGUGUGGCUUUUGAAAUCUUGCCAAAUAUAAAAGGCUAGUCAGAGGAUCAACAAGUCAUCACAACGUUAGACGCUACAUUCAGAUAAAGAAUGAAGAUCGCCUUAUUUGUAUUGAGUUGUCUCAUCGCUGUUUCACGCCAGCAAAAUAAGUUGUGGUCGAUGCCUCAAUACCACCAACAAACACCUUUUCAAUAUCAUUAUUCAUCACCUGCGACUCAAAAUCUAAGACAAUGGGCUAAUGUUUACGCUGGAUCUUAUCCUUAUUAUCCGACUCAAUACUCUCAGCCACAGUACGUGAAAUAUUUCCCCUUCCUGGCUAAACAGAAUCCAGGUGUGGUCUUACUCAAAUCCUUCCCGCAAUCGUUACAGCGCCGCGAUGAUGAAAAUGAUGAACCUCUCGUCCGUCACAAUAACGAAGAGGAAUCGAUCGAGGCCAGGAUAGCCAAUCCCAAAGGCGUUGCUCCAGAAGGCCGACUGUUUGACAACGCCCUGUUAUCCAAUUUGCUUUUCGGAAGUGUUGCAACCAGCACGAAAUACAGCAUCGCAACUACAACGAUUAUUUCCACAUCUGUUAUUUCAUGCAUUCCCUCAGCAUCGUUCUCUUCCACCACAGACUGUCGCCGCAGACGUGACGUGUCUGUCAUGAGAGAACUUUUGAACGAACAUGAAGUUCUCUCGCCAUCCACAGUUGAAAGAGUGGAGCCAUCGGCCGUUCUUCAGCUUGAAUCUCUCAGCGGUGUGAACACUGCCAAAGCAGCUCAGGAUUCUGUGACUAUUGUUUCUUCGUUAGACGAUGGGAAUAGCAGCCGAGCUUCUGGUGCUCGUUUCAUCGGUUUGAAUGCCCUCCUCACUUUAACCACCACUUCGACGUUGACGACCGCUACAAUCAGUGUUACCGAAUCUAGGAAAACUGUAACCCUCGGAACUAGUUUGUUGUGUUUACCUUCAGGUAUCAAACUCUGUUAGACAAUGUUCUAACCGAUUCGCGUUGUAUUUAUUAUAUAUCCGUAGAAUAGGGAGAAAUGUGAACUAUGGGUUUCAUUUUAACAAACGUGCAAUAACUAUUUGUAGCUGUUUUAGCAUAGUUAAGUGUUAUAUGCAUUGGCCUAUUGAAUCAUGAUACACAUUUCUCAAUCAGCA